UUUUAUAUAAAUUUAAUGCAAGACCCAGAGCUUUAUGUUAGAAACUUCUAAGAAGAAUUUAGCUAAAAAAAUAAACGUAAAUAACCUAUUCUCUAUCCUGAUGAUCAACGAUUACAUGAGCGUCCAAGAGUUAGAAAGAUUGAACCUCCCUCUUAGAUUAUCAGUCAAUCAUUACUUAAGAAUCAUAGUUAUGUGUAUUAUUAAUUAUAUUAUCUAGUCCGGAUCCACUCAAAAAUUUUACGAAACCGCUUAUCAAUUAUUCAAUCAUUAGUCCAUCUGGAAGAGAUCCAUAGCGUUACAAUCAUAAUUUUACAUAUCUAGCACAAGAUAAUAUCUUUCGAAAAGAACCCUUCAAUUAAAUCUAAAAAGAUUAUGCUCCUCAAAGACAUACUCAAUAAUCCAAUGAAUAAAGAAUUAAUUAUUAAAAUGUAGGUAAUAUGCUUAUUAGUGGUGAUACAUAACCAUAAUAACAAUCUCAAACAUAAAAUCAACAAAUGACAUAAUCCUAAUAUGCAAAUCCUCAAUAACAAUAAGUUUAUUAAUACUAAUAGGAAUAAUAAUAAUUGUAGUUAUAAUAAUAAUAAUAGCAAUAAUAAUAAUAGUAAUAAUAAUAAUAAUAAUAAUAAUAAUAAUAAUAACAAUAAUAACAAUAAUAAUAAUAAUAAUUAUUACAAUAAUAAUAACAGCCACUAUCAUAAUCAUAGUUACCAAAAUAACAAAAUUAAUAAUCAUAACAUCAUUAAUCACAAUAAUAUUAAUAGUAUUAAGUACCAGUAUAAAACAAUCUAAAAACCUAAUAAUAUAAUCUUUAUUAAGCAGGAACACCAAAUACAUAUAAAUUAAAAAGUGAUGGCAAUUAUUAGCCUUUCAAUUAUUAUGGGUAUGUAAUUCUCUCAAUUUAUUUAGUUCAAGAGCUUUAAAAAACUUAGAUAGCACACAAAUAUAUUGA